GUGAAGAAGACAGUAAUAAGCAUAACUAUAUAAAAUGGCUAAGAAGGAAAAGGUCAGUAAGUCAGAAGACGGAGAAGAUAACUACGAGAAGAGAUUGGCUGCAGUUUUACCAUUUGCCAAGCCAUUAGCUCCAAAGAAGUUGAAUAAAAAAGUUUUAAAGACUGUAAAAAAGGCAUCUAAGGCUAAACAUGUUAAAAGAGGAGUUAAAGAAGUUGUUAAAGCUUUAAGAAAAGGUGAAAAGGGGUUAGUCAUAAUUGCUGGAGACAUUUCUCCUGCCGAUGUUAUUUCUCAUAUUCCAGUUUUAUGUGAAGAUAAUUCCGUACCAUUUGUUUUUAUUCCAUCAAAGGAAGAUUUAGGUUCAGCAGGAGCCACUAAAAGACCAACUUCAUGUGUUAUGAUUGUUCCAGGUGGAGGUAAAUCAAAAAAGAAUGCUGAUAAGACAGAAGAAUAUAGAGAAACUUAUGAUGAAGUUGUUAAAGAAAUCCCAACUUUAGAAUAAAUAAUAUCAUUCAUGCAAAAAUAAUCAUGGAACUCUUGAUGAACCCCAGUCAUUUCUUACCUUUUUGUAACGACAUAAAUAUUUCUUCAAUAUGUAUUUUAGUAACUAGUAAUAAUUAACGUAUUACCCAUAGAGAGAAUCAUGUAUAUGUAUUUGUAAUGGAUAUAGAGCUUGUAGUACUAACCGUACGUAUGUUAGUUAAUGUUAAUGUUAGUUAGUGUUAAAUGUUAGUGAGUGGAGCUAAAAAAAAUUAAAAUGAUAACAACUGAGU